AGUGGAUAAUGAGCAGUGAAUAAAAAUGCAUAAAUAAUGAAUAAGUGGGUAAAGGCCAAUACUAGAACAGAACAGUCUGACCAGAAAACUAAAUCACUUCAACGUAAUGCACCAUUAAAACCAGGAGAAGAAUACCCUUACAAUAUUACCAUAUCCGAAAUCUAAGACAAUAUCUGGUUUUAUAUAACCAUACAGAUAAAAUAUCAAUGUUUUGCCCUGCUGGGCAGCUAAAUCUGUGACAAAUCAUCAUGUUAUAGUUGAUCAUGUAUGAAAAAUCUGAAUCCUCAAGGUAACUACUAACUAUAGCUGUUAAAGAAGUGUAAUGAUUAUAAUAUUUUAUUUAAUAUUAAUGGAGAAAUAGUACUUGAGUACCGAAUUAUGUUAAAGGAUUUUCCACAGCUAGCCAAGCCACUGUGUGAGCAUUCGUCCUUGAAUCAUCUAGGUAUUUCAUUAAUAUACUACAACUCAUUACAUCACGUUUGGCAGUGCCACCAGUGUUGACGGCUCCUUUCACUGCUCGGUCUGCAGAUGCAUUCAAAGAAUCUAGACUCUUCCUUGUGUUGCAGGCGUGGACGUCUGUCUCUAUUGGCUGCUGCUGCUAUCACAUUUCUCAGCCUUUCUUCCUCCUUGUCAUAAUGUGUCUGAACACAAGUCCACACGGGUGAUUUAGGGUUUGAAAGUGGAUGAGUUAAAUCUCGGGAGAAUAAGAAUUUCUUCACAUUUCGGAAAUGGAGACAAUGAGAUCUUGAGGGUGUUUGUAGUCAGAAGGUCAGACUUUUUCCACGAUCCCGAUGCUGGCUCUGUGCAGGUGUCCGACAGCUUUGAGCUGGAAACUAUCACUGCGCUGCUCUGCCCUCCCUCUGGGGAGCGCUACCAUGAGCAGCCAGCCCUCCACCGCAGCCAGGCCCCAGUUUCUAAGAACCCAGACUGCUCAGUUUCACCAAAGUAAAGCCAAAGCCAGUCCUGUCCCUGACCCAAACAAGCCCUCCUCAGUAUUGUCCACGCUGGAUGGGGAGCUGUUGGGGAUGGGGAUGUGGUCGUUGGGUCUGGGUGCUGUAGGAGCUGCACUCGCUGGGAUCUUCCUUGCCAACACUGAUCUGUGUCUGCCUAAAGUUGACCAGGCAUCAAUGCAGCACCUUGAAGAGGCCGACCUGCACUCCACAAUAGAGGAUGACAACGUCAUUAAAGCAAAGAGCCUAUGGGAAACGAACGGGGCUGUGAUCAUGGCCGUGCGGCGACCUGGAUGAUUUUUGUGCAGAGAGGAGGCCUCUGAGCUGUCCUCUCUGAAGCCCCAGCUUGAAGAGCUCGGGGUCCCUCUGGUCGCCGUGGUGAAGGAGAACGUCGGCACAGAGAUCCAGGACUUCAGACCGCAUUUCGCUGGGGACAUCUAUGUAGAUGAACAGAAACACUUCUACGGCCCGCUGCAGAGGAAGAUGGGGGGUCUGGGGUUCUUUCGUCUCGGGGUGUGGCAGAACUUUAUCCGAGCCUGGAGGUCUGGGUAUCAGGGCAACAUGAACGGCGAGGGCUUCAUCCUGGGAGGGGUGUUUGUCAUCGGAGCAGGAGAUCAGGGGAUUCUCCUGGAACACCGUGAGAAGGAGUUUGGCAAUAAAGUGAAGAUUGCAGAUGUUUUAGAGGCUGUUAAGAAAAUUGUGCCAGCGAAAUAAAUGUUUUUUAUUCCUAACAAAUGGCAUUAGACAAAGGUACACUGUAAUUAGAUCAAAACUAGAACUAAGAAUGUGCAUUUUUAACUUGAGUCAGUCCAUCAUUGAAAUACUGAUAUUAUAAUGACAUCCAAGUCUGUGUGUAUUAAUAUCACAAUAUACCUCUGUCUUUUGCACGUUAAUUUAUAGUGGGUUGUGAAAGUGGAGCUGAGCCAAUAUUAUUACAGGAUUUGACACUGAUUAUUCCUUUUUACCUCUGCAGACACCUGGAAGCUAUUUUUUUUUAAGACGGGUAUUAAAAACAGAUAGUAAGGGACUCAAGGCAGUAUUUUCAAUCAGGUACAUCAGCCAUUAAAUUUACAUUUGAAAUCUGCCUUUUAAAAAAACACAUACGUCCAUCUAAAGGCUGCAUUACACACUUGAUUAAUUAUUCUAUUAGCAGUCUGUUAGGGGUACAUUUGUAGUAACGUUCCUCUGUGUUGUCUUCGUUUGCUUCUCCUGGUCAGGCACAUGAACGGGCCUCCGACAUGGCGAACGUGUGUCUGCAGUCUGUGUGUGUGAUAAUGACGACUUGACUCCAUACUCAACAUUGAGACGAGCAGGUUUGAUGCGCAAACACAUGCAGGCUCAGCCAUUGUCGCCAUGUUGAGGAGUGUUAGUGCUGCCUGAAGCAUGUGUGUGUAUGAGGGAAUGUGUGUACCUGUACAUGUGAAUAAUAGCUUGAGAAAAUAAAAUUAAUAAUAAAUAAAGAAGACCUUAUCACCAUA